UACCUAUCUACUGUCGUCCCACAACCAUCACCCAUUGCAAGCUAGCCUCUUUGCGGUGGUAGCUUUAUUAUCGGCCUUACCUAGCUGUCUAGACAUGGCCGACACCGAGGAUACUGGCGCUGGAUCCGUCUCCGAACCUUUGGAUCUGGUCCGCCUCUCGCUCGAUGAGAUCGUCUUCGUGAAGCUCCGCGGCGAUCGCGAGCUCAAGGGUCGUCUACACGCCUACGAUAGCCACUGCAAUCUUGUGCUGGGUGAUGUCGAGGAGACCAUCUACGUGGUGGAGGAGGAUGAGAAUGAAGAGGAGACCAUCCGAACAAUAAAGAAGCAAGAGGAGAUGCUCUUUGUACGAGGUGACUCGGUUGUAUUGAUCUCUCCACAGGCGUGAUAUUGCGAUACAUCAGAUAGGAGGCUUAGGGACGACAUGCAGUUCACCUGAUGGAAUAUACAGCGGUAUAGGGCAAUGUAGAUCCCUGCUGCUAUAUCCUGGGGUGCGACUACGGACACCGAACCAGACGAUGGCCAUUAGGUGUCUCUUCAAUAUUCUCUGCAAACGUACAGAGCAAUUGCACCAUUCAUCGCAGAGUGAAAAGUUGGAAACAUUAUGGCACAGGAUGUACAGUGACUUAGGUCAUAACCUUAAUGAAGAGCCUCAUGAAAGUAGCGG